CUAGCUCCUCCCAUUCCCUCUGUGGUUUAAAUAUAUUCCCUGGCACUACUAUGUGCAGAGUGUACAAUGUGCUGUCGAAGAGCCAGCAGCCUGCGCAGAGCGAUAUCGCCAGAGAGGAAAGGAGAGAGGAAGGAGCGUGCUGGUGCUUAAGAUCAGCCCUUUUGAUUCGGUCGGAUCGGCUUGCACCCACAGCUAGGAUGGGCUGUACAACGGGACAAUUUGCUUGCCAACCACAGCCCCAAAUAAACUCUGCCCAGGAGAGCCUGUCUCUGGAGGCUGGUGGUGCUAAAGUCCCUGAAGUUCUCUCUUCCCUGGAGCGUCUGUCUCAAGCUACAGGAGGCAUGGAGAAGUCAUGGUACCGCUGCAUCUUUCCCUUCGGCAUCAUCUCAUUGGUCAUAGGGAUUGCAGGCACAGGGGUAACCUACACCUACAAUGACCUUCCACAGACUAAAGUUGUAUCUGUAGUUUUACUUGUCAUGGGCAUUGUGCUGCUGAUGAUGGCAACAGCAUGCUGGACUCUCCACAAAAAGAAGAGAAGGAAAAAGAAGGAGGGAGAGUCUCUGGCAUCCGAGCAGUGUCCCUUGUGAAGCACAUAGAGGAAAGCAAUUAGUAGAACCUAAUACAGAGUUAGACCAAGGGUUUGACUGUGUUCAAGGUCUGGCCAAAAAAGCCCUCACAUUAUCUUCAACAAGUACCAAAUGCCCUCCAAUAUUUAUCACAGAUUUAGAGAUAGCUUGGGUCAAGAAAUCGUAGCCAAAGAAGAGUAGUUCUGGUCUAGAGAAGGUUUUGGGAUCACGAUUCUUUAAAUACUUUUUGGUCAUCGGGUGUCUUGUGUCAAAACAAGCACUACAGAAACACACAACAACAUAAUGCAUUUCGCCACCACUUGCAUAUUUACAAGCAUGAGAGACCCUCUUGAGUUUGAGGACAUCCAACACGAAAUCCAGGACUGCUGCUGGAGUCACUGCUGCCGUCAUAUGGAACGUCAGUCACAGGAUUCCUCUCGCAGGGACAGGUGAUUCUUCAAGAGGCUAGAAGUGGGCCAAAGACUGGAACCUAAUACUCAGCCAAAAGAGCAGCGCGCCAUCGUCACCCGCCAACGUCAUUCACUCGUCUUGUGACACUGCAGCAAUGUGCGAGGGUCUUUUUAUAUGCAACGAGAGUGGAACUUGAGUCUGGCAGGAUGUUUGUUGGCAUGUGUGCCAAUGAUGAGCCGGAGAAGGCAGAGGAACCCGCUGGGCUCAGAUCAAUGUUUGGAUGAGAGAUUUCUUUAGAAAUCGGACAAGGAAAUAAAGCUUUGCACAUUAUGUCUAUCUCCGGCAAAGAAGGUAUACUUUAAAUAGCCUUUUGUUGCUUUUUGGGGGGCAUUGACCUUUUAACUGUUUGCCUUUCUUUAAAUGUGUGGGUACACCCAGCCUUAUGUCUAUGAGAGGUGCUUAUUGAAGGACACUUGCUGGAGGGGGACAUGCCACUGCAGGGGCACUUUGACUUAUUCUGCUCCUCCACUGCCCCUCCCGCUUGGUGCCUUUAGCAAAUUCUCAUGGAAAAAAGCUCUCUCACAUUCCCCCAUUUCCAUCUAAACUUAUGAAAAAGAAAUCUGUUUCUAAUUUUUCUCGAUAAGGUCUCUUUUAUAGUUGGAAGGAAGAACCUUUGUCAGAGUAGAGCACAAAGCUGCUGCUAAUGUUUAGGCUCUGAUAAUUUCUGGGGUUUCCUUUUACCACGCAUUUUCUCUCAGUCUGCUUGUAAUUAAUAGCAUUCAGUGAAUGCAUGGAAUCCCCAAGGCUAUUUUAUUUGUGUCUUAAACGCUCCCUGUGACAAAAUGUAACGUGAAUGAGAAAAGAAAGGUGAAAUGAAAGGAGGAAUGCUUGCAAUGUAAACAGAACGAAUUGGAUACACGCUGCUCGUCUCCACGUGAAUGACUCACCUUACCCUGCAGGAUCUCUAAGGACCUUUAUUGAUUAAAGAUGCAUUGAUCCUCAGUGAUGCUUGCUGGAGAAGACGUGUCUAUACAUGGAGGUGGAGCAGUUAGCUUACAGAGCCACAGGCCUUCUCAAGCUUCAGCCUACCGAUUGCAAACAGGCUUUUGCCUGCCUUCCAUGAUGCUCAUUUACUGUUAAUCUAGCUUAGCAUACUAACCUGACCACGAUUGGACUGAAUAAUAGUUGUGGUCAAGCUUAAGAUCUUGGAAGUGUUUGCUUUUUUAGAUUUAUGGGGGAACAUGGUGGCAUGCCUGCAGCUAGAUUAGAUUCAGUCACCCUGAAAAGAAAGUAAUUAUUUAACAGGCUAUAUGCUGCAUCACUGGUGGUUUUAGUGACAGUUUCAGCUGAACUAGAGCAGCUCCUCUCUGAAUCUAUUCUAAUGCCUUAUGCAAAAUUUAAUAAAUUCAAACCAGUUUCUUACUCUUGUUUUUUUCAUUACAUAUGUCAGUUUAUUUUUGUGCAGAGCAACGGGUUCCUUUGAACACAGAGGCAAAGCAGAAGACCUAAAAUUACAUUACAUUAGAUUGGAUGAUGGCAUAACAAGCCCACUGCCUUCGCAGCCUGUGUGUGAACUACCCUCACAUCUAUUCACUUAGGGGAGGCCCUUUGAAAAAAAAUGGGAUUUUGUGCCUCUAUUGUUUUCUAUACAUAACAACACAUUGUUUGUAAUGAGCUGAACAGAAAAAUGAUCAAAAAGAACCUCUCACUUUAUAUUAAACUUUAUUUUUGCUAAAGCUUGUCACUCAGAGGAGCAGAAAGAAAGUAAGAUCAGUAUUCGUCUUGGGAGGAUGUAGUGCUUGCAAAAAUAGAGAAAAAUGAGGUAGACAGUAUUAUAUUCCUGCCUUGGCUUGUAUAUCAGUGCAUUUUUCACAUUACAGUACACACUGACUAUAUUAUGUUUGUAUAGGAAUGCUUAAAUUUAAUUUUUAAGCUAUUAUGUGCCAGUAUAAGUUGAUGGGUAGUGACCAGAUAUAUUUUUUGUCUGAGACAGUUAAUGAUUUAUUCUCUGCCUUCUGAAUUUUUAAAGGGAAAGUCUACCUCUCUCUGCUGCAGGGACUUACGUCCUUCUCUUUGUAGACAGCUAAGCUGUCAGUUUGUCACGUCACUAAAUGUAUUGCUUAUUGUGCCCUCUAAUAUUUGGUGCUGUAUAUAGAUUUGUUUUUUUGUAUUAUGUAUUUCUACCUAUGUGUUCAUUUUUACUCUUUCUGUUCGUAUUGCAUUAAAUAAAUGUCAAUGUUUCUUG